UCUCCAUCUUCCAAAAUAAUUUCUUUUGAUAAUAUGGAUAAGAAGACUAAGAAGCCUAAAACCGAGUCUGGCUAUGGUGAAAACUUGAAUUUUGGAAGUGAGUAUGAUAAACGAGAGAACAAGGUUGCGACAACGAUAACCAACAGAAACCCGAUCCAAGCGAGAGAUCAUGUAAUAGCUGAAAGAAAACGAAGGGAAAAGCUUAACCAGAAAUUAAUUACUCUUUCCUCCAUUCUUCCUGGACUCAAAAAGAUGGACAAGGCAACUAUUCUAGAAGAUGCUAUAAGUCAUCUAAAGCAAUUAAAACAACGAGUCAAGAGUUUAGAGGAACAAGUAGCUGAUAGAAAAGUUGAAUCUGCAGUUUAUGUGAAGAGAUCUAUCCUCUUCUCCGAUGAUGAUUGUGACGAAUACUCAGACCAAUCAGUCCCAAAAAUAGAAGCAAGAGUUUCUUGAAAAAACAUGCUCAUCAGAAUCCACUGUCACAAUUCACAAACACAGCAGCCGAAUUCCUACCGCAAUACUCAACAAACUCGAAAAGCAUCAGCUCACCAUUCAGAGUAGUUCUUUUUUGCCAUUUGGAAGUAACUAUAUUGACAUAACCAUUGUUGCUCAGAUGAAUAAAGAAUAUUGCUUGACUAUAAAAGAUCUCAUAAAAAGCAUUAGUCAAGUUUUGAAGGAGCUCGUUUGAUCUUAAGUAACAAGUUCAAAGCAACAGAGUAUCAAUAUGAACAUUUGCUAAUGAGUCAUGACUAUAGUCAAUAUCGAUAGUGUAUAGAAAUAACCUUAGAUUUUAAUGGUUUUUUUGUUUGUUUUCAUAUCACACAGAUUUUCUUUUCUUUUUUGGUUCAUCAUAUUUGAACUAUAUAUCUUAGCGUGCAGAGCUCAAGAGAUGAUAAUGCAAAGGUGUUUUCCUUAUUUUUUGC